AUGGCCGACUCGUCAAAGGCCCAACGUUCGCCAACGGGUUCACCUCCCGCGGAGAAGACGACGUCCCCUGAAAGAUCCAAGACUGCAUCCCCGAAGUCCAAGACUGCGUCUCCAGCGGCGCCCGGUUCACCCGAGGCUGUUGCUCCCCAAGUUGAUAAUAACAUCGAAGUUGAUAACACCACCGGUGAUGCUGCCAUUGUAACCGACGAUCAAUUUUUUACGCUGUGGUCCGAGGUUGAUGUUUUAGAUCGGCAUACACUGCAUCUGUUACUUCGAGUGUUCUUGACUAUCCAACGGAGCAUGGUCGACGAUACCAUGCGUUUCGCGCCGGAGAGAGAAUUGGAUCGCCUCGACUUUCUUUCUGCGCUUAUUGUCAAGACCGUUGGAAAACUCUACUAUGCACCUUUGGAGCCAGAAAAGACCAACCGAAUUCUUGACAUUGGCACCGGAACCGGGAUCUGGGCAAUCGAAGUGGCGGAGUUCUUCCCUAACGCGGAGAUUAUUGGAAACGACUUAAGUGCUACUCAGGAGACUUGGGUCCCGCCGAACGUCAAGUUCGAAGUCGACGAUGUCGAGAGUCCGUGGGUUAGGAGAUCAUACGACUACAUCUUCUGCCGCUCCAUGGCAGGCGCUAUUGCAGACUGGCCGAAAUUAGUCAACAAUAUCUUUGCAAAUACCAACCCAGGAGGCUGGGCUGAAUUUGAAGACUGGGACCUUCUGUACCGGUCGGAUGACGGCUCAUAUAAUGAGAAGCACCAGACGCAUAAAAUGCUGAACAUGUUUUUUGACGCGUGUAAGAUCAUCGGUCGCGAGGCGCGGCCGGGUCCCCUGAUUCCGCAAUGGCUCGAGGACGCUGGCUUUGUCAACAUCGUCCAUCACAGAUACCCGAUACCCGUUGGACCGUGGGCUAGGGACCCCCACUACAAAGACAUCGGGAUGAUGAACCUUCACCAAGUGCUCGAUGGUCUCGAGGCCUUCAAUCUGAGACUUUUCACCGGAGUUCUUGGCUGGACCGAGGCGGAGGUCCAGGUGCUUCUCGCACAGUGUCGCAAGGAAUUGAAGACGGGGGCAUUUCAUGCAUACAUAAACUUAGCAGAACAGGCGACGGCAGACGCAGCAUCCCCAAAGUCUUGGACCCUCCCUUCAAGGUCAAAGACCGCCUCACCCACUGUGCCAGGCUCUACCCCUGAAGGGCACGCGGCUCGCGAUGAGGGUGGUGAUACCGGGGCUCAGCAAACCCCGAUUGAGGUCGAUGAACAGGUUUGUCUCGCCCUUUCCCGAACGUUGAUGCCUUUUCUCAAAGCACGAAUUCUUGAUUUCAACAUGCGCUCAUUGUGUAGAUCUGUUUCCGCGUAUACGAAAUCGCUGAGCUCUAGCGUGGUCGAUUACCCUACCGAGCAUGGUCGCCGCUACCAUGCCUUUCGCCACGGUGCAUACUAUGGUCCCAACGAUGAGGCCGAGCUCGACCGUCUUGACUUUCUGUCUGAUUUCCUCAUUAAAGUGAUGGAGGGGAAGCUUUAUCACGCUCCAAUUGACUCCAAUCGGGUCCAUCGAAUCCUGGAUAUUGGCACCGGAACCGGAAUUUGGGCCGUUCAGAUUGCCGAUGAGUUUCCCAAUGCUGAGGUAAUUGGAAACGAUCUGAGCCCCGUUCAGAUGGAAUGGGUUCCGCCUAAUGUCAAAUUCGAAGUUGAUGACGUCGAGAGCCCUUGGAUCGGGCCAAAGUAUGACUUCAUCUUCAGCCGUACUAUGGCGGGAGCAAUUGCAGACUGGCCUCAACUGGCGAAGAAUGUCUUCGAGAACACUAAUCCAGGCGGUUGGGCUGAAUUCCAAGACUGGGACAUUGUCUAUUAUUGCGACGAUGGCACUCUCACCGAAGAUACUUACACUAUGAAGAUGGACAGAAUGUUUCUUGAGGCUUGUCAGAUGAUAGGCCGGGACCCAUGCCCUGGCCCUCAACUUGAGGGCUGGCUGAAAGACGCUGGAUUCGUUAACAUUCGCCACAAAAUGUUCAAGAUUCCGAUAGGCACAUGGCCGAAGGAUGCGCGUCUGAAAGAUCUUGGGCAUAUGAACGUGAUCCAGAUCAUGGACGGGCUCGAAGCUUAUAAUAUGAGGCUCUUUACCUCAGUCCUUGGGUGGACUCAAGUGGAGGCCCAGGUGCUCUUCGCCGAAGUGCGAAAAGAGAUGAUGUCUAACCGUUACCAUGGCUAUACGCAGUUCCAUGUGGCUUAUGGCCAAGUCCCCGAAGCCGAGGCGGAGUAA